AUGUCGGCGCGCGAGGACCGCCCGUCGGCUCAAGAUGCCGAGCGCGCCCUCGCCUCGCUGCUGUUCGCCAUGAAGCAGCAGGCCUCGUCCCCCGUGACCCAAGCCCAGCCGCACCACUCGUCGCCCGCCAUGAGCGCACCCGCGACCCACGCCCACUCGUCGCCGGCCUACACCCCUGCCGCCGGGUCCUCGGCCGCACCGACGCCCGCCGCCGCCGCCGCCGCGACGACUACGACCACCGCCCUCAGCAGCCAGAUGAACACCCAGGAGCUCCUCUUGGCCCUCCUCGGCCAGGCCAUGGCCGCGCAGCAGGCCGCCGCCGGCUCGGCUGCCCCUCCCUCGACCACGAGCGCCCUCGCGACGUCCACCCCGUCCUCGUCGUCGACCGCCGCCAUCCCCCCGAGCCACGCCAGCUCGGCCCACCCGCCGCCAGGCUCGGUCUACCACCCUCAGCCGACUCGCUCCGGCCGCAUGCCCCAAGCCCCGACCAACGACUCGUCGGUCGACCCGGCGACGCUCCUGUUCAACAACUACUUCGACUUUCCCUCGAGCGACGACGAGGACGACGACCCCGACUUUGACCCCGAGGCGCCCGUCGACGACUUUUGGGGCAGCCUUCUCGCCGGCGACAAGGGCGACGGCGCCCUCACCGAGGACGAGGGCGACUGGGGCAUGGGCAGCGGCGGCGUUGGUGCGGGAGGGGCAGCGGGACCCGGUGGCGCGAGCGGCGCGGGCGGCCUCACGAGCGAGGAGUUUGCCAAGGAGCUCGCGCUCCUCACGACGGGCCUCGACGACGAGCUCCCGUCCGCGAGCGCGCUCGGCGCCUACGCCCCGGGCACGCGCACCUCGCCGCGCCGCGCACGGCCUGGCGUCAGCCCGCUCGGCCACCCGGCGUCGUCCUCGUCGCCCGUGUCGGCUCCGCCACCUCGCACGUCGAGGAAGCGCCCGCGCAGGGCCGGCGCGCCGCUCUCGCCCGUCCUCGAGGACGCCUUCCCGCUCCUGCCGCCACCACCUCCUCCUCCGCCGCCGCCGCCGCCGCCGCAGCAGCAGCAGCGCGCAUCCCCUCCCACCUUCACAUCGCUCCCUCCUGCUCCUCCCACCUCUACAUCGUCGACCGCUCCUCUCGCCGCCCCCGCCGUCGAGAACGACCCGCCGCCCGUCGACGCGCCGCCUCCCUCGGACGAGCCGCCGGCCAAGCGGCUCAAGUCGCGCGCCAAGUACACGCCCGAGGAGGCCAAGCAGCGCCGCAAGGAGCAAGAGGCGGCGCGUGCGGCCCGACGACGCGCCGAGGCCAAGGAGGAGAAGGUGCGCGCCGAGGGGCGCGCAGAGCAGCUCGAGCGCGAGAACGAGGAGCUGAGGGGCAGGUGCGGCGCGCUUGAGGGCAGGGUCAGGGACCUCGAGGGCGAGGUGCUGCGCCUGCGGCGCGAGCGCGAGCGCGCAGCGUUGCAGCCGCCGCCGCGGCAGGACGGCGACGACGAGUCGUCGGACGGCGGCGAGUACCAGGUCCAGAGCUCGGACGAGAGCUCGUCGGACGAGUCGGACGACGACCCGGACGAGGCGGCGCAGGACGCGGCCGCCUACCUGCGCGACGUCGCCGCCGAGCUCGACUCGCUCACGGCCGACCCGCUCCGGGCGGCGACGACGGCCGCCGCGACGACGCCGUCGGGCGGCGCGGCAGCAGCGACCGCGGUCGAGGGUGCUGCCGUCGCUCCUGCGCCCAUGCUCGACCUCGCGAGCCUCGGCAGCGACGGCCUGUCGCAGCUGCUCGCCAUCGUGCACUCGGCGGCCAAGGCGCAGGGCAUCCCGCUCGACGGCGCUCAGACCCCUCGCGCAUAG